CGGUGCAGUGUGCUGGACCAUGUGAUAGCUCGAAAGGCGGUUAGAAGCUGCAGGAGAGGAGACUUGGGGAUGAGAGCUGCCUGCCUGCCUGCCUCAGAGUUAAGAAUACACUGCAGUGAAUCAAGUGCUCCUUCCAAUCGGGGGAGUAAAAGUUCAUGCCGUAGGGAGAGCAGGGCAGGUUUCAUUCAUCUGCAGGAUGCCAGGAGCCACGGGGAUCUAACGGAGCCGUCCGAGAGCAGAAUGGUACCUACGCUCCCGCAGCCUGCCUGCCCUGGGUGUGAAGUGUUCACUUGGAGGAGGAAACAGUAACACACACUGGAAUCUGUGUAGGAGAAAGCAACAUAAGGGUUCUCAGAGCACCAUGCCGCAUCACAUCUCGGGCUUCCAGGCUGCCUACAUCACCAUCGAGGUGCUGAUCGCCCUUGUCUCCAUACCUGGGAAUAUCCUGGUGAUCUGGGCCGUCAAAGUGAACCAGGCCCUGCGGGAUGCCACCUUCUACUUCAUCGUCUCCCUGGCAGUUGCGGAUGUAGCUGUGGGAGCCCUUGUCAUCCCGCUUGCCAUCAUCAUCAACAUUGGACCACAGAUACACUUUUACAGCUGCCUGAUGGUGGCAUGCCCUGUCCUCAUCCUUACUGAGAGCUCCAUCCUGGCACUGCUGGCCAUUGCUGUGGAUCGCUACCUCAGAGUAAAGAUUCCGAUGCGCUACAAGAGUGUGGUGACUCCUAAGCGUGCUGGAAUCGCUAUAGCUUGUUGCUGGCUGGUUUCCUUGCUCGUUGGGCUGACCCCUAUGUUUGGCUGGAACAACUUGAACGAAAUGCAGAAGAGGGCGAACGUCAGUCAGCUGAUGAACACCAGUCAGUCAGAGUUCACCGUCAGUUGCCAGUUUGAGAACGUUAUCAGCAUGGAGUACAUGGUCUACUUCAACUUCUUCGUAUGGGUAUUGCCUCCGUUGCUCAUCAUGCUCAUCAUCUACCUGGAAGUGUUCAAGAUCAUCCGCAAGCAGCUUAAUAAAAAGGUCGCCUCCUGCUCAACAGAUCCAGAGAAGUAUUAUGGGAAGGAGCUGCAAAUCGCCAAAUCUCUUGCUCUCGUCCUCUUUCUGUUUGCUGUGAGCUGGCUGCCUCUGCACACUCUUAACUGUAUCAGCUUUUUCUACCCGUCGUGCAAGACCCACAGCAGCCUCACCUACAUCGCAAUAUUUCUUACGCAUGGGAACUCUGCCAUGAACCCCAUUGUGUAUGCCUUCAGGAUUAGAAAAUUCAGGACCACGUUCCUGCAGAUCUGGAACCAUUAUUUUUACUGCAAAGGGGACAGGCACAUGAACAAUAUUGAUAACACUGACAUUGCCAUCUAGGAGUCGUCUGGUUCCAGGCUGCUCUAUAAACAUCCCUUUCAUCGUCCAAAUGGCCAAGUUGGCUUCAUCUCCAUUAUACGCAAGGCCUGCUCCUGGGCAGAGCAGACAAAGCCCAGAGCCAAUCAAGGGUAUUAUUUAUUACUACUAGUAAUAUUCAUUUUACCAUUUGGUAUUCUAGGAGCUGUUUUUUCCCCUCCCUUUUUUUUUUUUAAAAAAGGUGACACUUAUAAUUAUGCAUUUAAAGGGGGACUAUGCCAACAGAAUGUAUAUUUCAUUCCAAUAAAGAGGAAAUGAAUUCUGUAGUUUAAUUAAUGGGGAGUUGUACUCACUAUGAAAUUUAAUAUUAUCAUUGGUAGCAGUAAUCUUAAUUGCAUUUAUGAGUUGCCUCUGCCAAAAAACAACAACAACCCCAGCUCUGGACAACUUACAGGUUUAAAACAAAUACACAACAUACAAUUUAACAUAUACAGGGUUGUAUCUAACAGUAUCACACAGCUCAGCCAAUGAUUAAGUGAAAAGGGACAGAAACCAUUUUCAGUGAUUCUACCUCCUUGCUGCAGCCCCCAUAGUCUUAAAUCUGGGGACUGGCAUAAAUAGUUCUCUAACCAAGCACUGCCAGGACUUAACCGGAAAAAAGAAGCUGCCAUUAUGAUCAUAAUGCUGAAUCUGUGUUCAAACCCUACUGCAAUUAAUGAACAUUUAUUAGAAUUAUGGUAAGGCAGCAGGUUAAGUUUUGUUACAUUUGUCACAGGGGACAUUUUGUUACAUUUGUCACAGGGGAUUGUUUUUUAUGUCCUGACAACAAUUUCAUUUAACAGUUUUAGCAAUACAGCUGCCUCAUGUGGUCUUGUUCUGCUGACCCAUAGGCCAAUGUAGCUUAUUUCUACAAAAUGAAAGAACAACACCUCACGGAGCGCGAUAUCAGUGCAAGCUGCCUUGUGUGUAUUGAAUUGCUUCUUGCUGGAAAUAAAUGUUCCUGGCUUCAGAGCACAUAUUCAGUCUUGUCGUCUGAGGUAGAGCCUGAGUUCAGAUGCGAGUUGGGAGGGCCUCCUUUUCCUUUCUCUGCAAGUACAUGCCCUGCUGUGCCCCAGAGGCAAGAAAUGAAUGCAAGAAAGAAAUCAAAUAAAUAGGUUACUUGGUAAAUAAACAAAUGCACAUAUGUUCCCUGGACCUGCUAUGUACGUUGAUGAUUUGGAGAGGCCUCAGGGACACCAGCACACUUUGCAGGUGUGGGGGUACCCUGAAAAAGAAACAAGGGCCCUAAAGCUGAAAUUAACCAGGUACCAUAGGAUGUUUAAUAAGCUUGCAUACAUUGCGGACCCAAUUAGCUCAGGUUUCUGUGUUUGCCAAAAGUAAACUAACACUUGCAACAUUCCCAAACAUCCCUUUUAUUGAAUUGUUCCCAUGUUAAUUAAUGUAUUUCCAGAGUAUUCCAGGUUAUAUGGCUGCAUUUUUUUCAUAUAGAAGCAUGUCUGUCGGAUGUGCCAAUUUGAAUAAAAUAUUUUGGGGGGGGAGUGUUGCAGGUAAGCCCCACCCCACAUAAUCGAUCACAUGACUCAGCAUGCGCGCACACACACACACCAUUUGAAUGGCAAUGCCCAUUAACUUUGGAAGGGUCUGCUCUCCUCAAAUAUUUUAGGGUGUGUGUGUCUGUGUGUGAAGGGACCUCGGCCCCUAAGAGUUGGCUCCUAUGAUGUCUGUUGAGGUGGCUAAAAUGAAAUUGCCAAAGAGAGCAAAACGGAUAAAGCCUACAUCAAAUGAAUUAGGCAGAUACUGAUAAUCGUGAAAAUAGUGUAGCAAACCUAACAGAUGACUACUGUUUCUUAUGUCUUAUUAACCCACAGUAAACCAACCUAAAAGUAGGUAUCAACUUGUUAAAAUGGAAAUGGAUAUACAGUGGAACCUAUAUUUAUGAACACCUCGGUUUAUGAAUUUUCGGUUUAUGAACGCCGCGGACCCAUCUGGAACGGAUUAAUUCAUUUUCCAUUACUUUCAAUGGGAAAGUUCGCUACUCCGCGGACCCGUCUGGAAUGGAUUAAUCCACUUUCCAUUACUUUCAAUGGGAAAGUUUGCUUUAGUUUAUGAACGCUUACUCCGCGGACCGUCUGGAAUGGAUUAAUCCACUUUCCAUUACUUUCAAUGGGAAAGUUCGCUUCAGUUUAUGAACGCUUCAGUUUAAGUACUCCGCGGACUGUCUGGAACAGAUUAAUCCACUUUCCAUUACUUUCAAUGGGAAAGUUCACUUCAGUUUAUGAACAGACUUCCGGAACCAAUUGUGUUCAUAAACCGAGGUACCACUGUAUCUGCUUUGAAAAGCUGUGUCAGGCUUGAAUUUCUGAGCUGGCUAGAAGAAGUCUCCUGGCUCUUGUUUUGCACAGGACAUUGGGGUGGGGAAUGUACACUGGAUUACCUGGUCAUCUUUUGCCCUGCAGAGGGCUGAGGAAUGGGGUUGCAAAGGAGGGAACGGGAUGACCUAUGACUAGGGAUGGAUGAGUCUGCCAAUUUUGGCUUCUCACAAGAGGCAGGCCAGGCAAAUGAAGGACCGGGUGCUUCCCUACCCUUCCCUGCAACACUCUCCCAGAAGCAUGAGAGAAAUGAAGUGGGUAGAGAAGCAGCAGCAGCUUUCAUUGCAGGUAUAGUUUCCAGCUAGGUGUGUGCAACCCGUCAGGGGGAGGUGCAUAAACUGGUGGAUGGGGAGUGGUCCCCAGUUGCUGCAACUGCUCCACAGAGCAUGAAUCUGGAAAUAGCUUCCUAGGUGCCAGAUUGGCGUGCUCCAGAGCUGUCAAAGUGACUGUGUUAUCUUUGACAAUAGUUAAGUUUCUGCUGUAUGCAUUCCUUUGACUGGGAAGCACCCUUGACAGGACAUAUCAAAUACAGCAGGAUGCAAAUAGCUCCCUUAUAUACUUUAGUAUCUCCGGUCCUGACAAAUGAAUGUCAGCCAAGCAGCAACAUGGCUAGGGUGCUGCAGGGGUAGUUGCCCCGGGUGCAAAAUUAUUAGGGGCGCAAAAUUUCAACACCUGAUGCUCCCUCAGUACAGCUGUGUGCUUCCAUCACUGAGCUCUGUUGAAAACGGCUUCUCCAUGUGAACCAAGAAUUGACCUCUCCAGACAAUUGAAUGACUCUUCUUUUCUUAUCUCUUCAGCCACGAUCUCUUGGGUGACGGAGAUGCUGGUAGUUGAAUGUCCAUGCAUACUUCGUCCAUUUCCCUCCCUCCCUCCCAGAGGAAACCUAACCAGAUGGGCAGGGUAUGAAUAAUAAAACAAUAAAAUAAUCUCUCCCACUCACCCCCUUUGUGCUGCCCCGGGCUCUGGCAACCCACACUAUGCCACUGGUGCCAGAUCAUUUUUGUAUUAUAAAAUAUGGUGGCAAAAUGGAGUAUGACUCUCAUUAGCACACAACUUAUUUCCCUGGUAUAAGAUAAAACAAAUUGCGUUCCAAUCACUGUGCAUGGCAGGAACAGUCUUGUAUGCAAUGUUUAUUAAGAGACGGCAAGGAAUGAAAGGAGGAAAGGAAUAAAGACAAGGUAUGUAAGCUAUUUCAAUUUUUUCCCCUUUCUCUCCCUUGUCUACAAGAUAAGAAUGGCUGUGCUGCCAGUUUGUCAUAUGCAACUGUCUCUGACAGAUGUAGACUAUUUACGCUGUGUGGAUGAACAGAGAUUGCCACAUCUCCCAACCACUGCAAGGCAGGAGAGCUGCUACUGAGGCAGGGGCCUUCGUUUCUUUUUCUCACAUGAUCAGUUGCCAGUUUAAAAAUCAAGCACAAAACUCUUCUACUGGGCCAAAUUGCUCUUAGGUAGCAGAUGAGGGUGGGAACUCAGUCUUCAGCAGGAAUGAUUUACUCUUAACAAAACAUCGCCACAUUAAGGAGGAGGAAUAUGCUCCAGCCAAAAUUAAGCAUUUAUGGGUCGCCGCUUUCAGCAAAAAUGCCCACUUAACUCAAAGGACUUUAAUAAACAGUGCUUCACUCGGCUACCUUUUCCAUUCUUUUCUAUUAAUACAUAAAUAAUUAGUGCCAGGUGAGGUGGGAUGGUGAAAUAUGUAAAGAAUGAAAGAAAAUGAAAAACGGAUCGAUCGCAUGCUACAAAUUUGUAUCGCAUCUGAUACAAAUUUAAUGUUUAAUAAGCUAAAGGCAGGGGAAGGAGCUUCCUGACACCUUGAAAUCUGAUGUAUUUAUGGUGGCAUAUCGGUAUGUGUUCGUGGACUAAUAGAGAUCACAUUAUCAAAUGCAUGAAGUCUGUACACACA